CCAUUUCAACAGUUGUCCUUCUUUAUUUCCACUUCUUCUACAGAUGUCUCUACAGCGCAAGAUUGUGUCCAAGGAUAUCAAAGAAUUGAAUUAUUUGUGAAUUUAUUAAUUAUAACUGGAUUUUAUAACUUUAAACCGACAAUUAUUGCAAAUUCACUACAGUAUAUGGACAAUCAAAAAGGCCUUGACCAAACGAUCCCUGCUAUUGUGUUACCUGCGCUUGGAUUAUCAGUAAUUUUCAUGUCCCACUAUUGCGAACCUCUUUGUUCGUUUCAGUUUGGCGGAUCUGGAGCAUACGAAUUAAAUUUGUCUUCCUAUUGGCAAGAAGUGCUCAUUAAAACGUCAAGUUACGAUAAGGAAACCCUUCAUAUGUUUGAUGAAUCAGGUAAAUUUUAUGGGAAACAACUGCGUUUACCAUAUCAAGAGGAUGCGACGUCUUCGGGCGAUAUACGUGAUAAUACAUUAGAUUCAGAUUUAAUCCCCCCGAGAGAACCAUGA